GCCACGUCAUUAGUCAUCAACUCACGGAACCACGAACCACGUUUCAGGAUCCACUAAGCUGUAAUUGGACUAGCGCAGCCGGGCCUCUAAUUUAACCACACCCCCUGACCGCCCGAGUCCCGUGACCUGCAUGGUGUAAACACGCCGCGUCCACCAAAAAGUUGAAGCAGGGGAUCCAGCAUUGUCAAACAGGAGAGCUUGACUCUUUUACUUCUCUUUUACAUGAUUCUAACGACCACCACAUUAUCGGUCGAUGUACAUAUGACCCUGGAUCCUUUCUCUUAAGUUCACCUUUUCGAUGAACCCGUGGGACUAGUUAGGGUUCGUGGGUACCAGAGGAUGGAGGUCGCUUCGCAAGGGGUGUCAAAUGGCCUCGCUCCGCCAACAACGUUCCCGACUACGGAUCCAACUAUCGUUGUCCAACACCUGGCGGAAGUCCUCCAGGGGACUCUAGGCGCGCUAAGGAAAGAUUUAGAGUGCACCGGAAGCUUGCUGUCAACGUCAAAAUAUUCGGAAACACUGCAAAGAUGCAGUCGAUUCGCUUCCGAGUCGCAGACCGCGAUCUACGCUCACAAGGAAGUCGCUGAAGUGGAGGACACUAAUGGAACAGAAGAGGAACCUUCUUCAUCCACCCAAUACAUCUACACUCUUAACUCGGAGAUAUCAAUAGCAUCAAAUACGGUUGCCGCAGUCGCGUUUCUUAAAUCACCAUCGCCACUUGAUCCCGCGAUCCCUGUCUCAUCACAGGUCCAAGUUCUCACAUUACCGGGGUUUUCUGCUUCGAGUAACACGGCCAUAUCUCAGGGCCCUGCAACUUCACCGUAUGAAGUCCUCCAUUCCUUUGUCCAUCUCGCCCUAGCGCCAUAUUUUGAAGCGUACACAAGGGGUCAAGAUGCUUCCAAAACGAAAGGAGACGCGGACGCCAAAACUGGUGUACCAGGUGCGAAGAAAAAGAUCGCCGAGCUCGAACUUAGCCUGCUGCACCUUCAGCAAAAUAUAGAAAUCCCGGCUUUGAACCUCCCCAUGCAUGAAAUAGUGCAGUCGGCGUUAGAUGAGGCCCAACUCCGAGGCGUGAAACCGUCGGUAGAGCUUGUCCCAGGUGCUGUGCUCGAGAACCACCUUGUCAUCAACAGUAUUCAGAGUACUGUUAAUGGGUGGAUCAAGUCUAUUCAAAGUAUCACAAAGAUGUCUCGCGACCCUGAAAGCGGCUCUGCGGCUCAAGAGAUCAACUUUUGGCUCGACAUGGAAACUGCUCUUGAGGGGAUCGAGGCCCAACUUCAAGCGGAUGGGGUUCAGCUGACUAUGGAUAUCCUCCGACAUGCUAAACGUUACCAAGCUACCCUGAGUUUUGUCGCAGAUACCGGUCUAAAGGAAGCUGCAGAAACGGUGCAGAAAUACAACCAACUGCUUCGCGACUUUCCUCUUCCAGAAUUGCAGUCAGCAACAUCUCUGCAGAAGGUCCAGGAGGCGUUGAACUUGAUAUUCGCACAUUUGAACAAAAAGCUCCGCCUUUGCCCGUACCCGAUCAAGCGCGCGUUGUCUCUUGUAGAAGCCAUUUCCGGAGAUCUUGAUUCAAGAAUACACACUUUAAUCAAUGGCAAGGCGAUCAUGCAUCUUGACUUUAAGGAAUUCCGCUCUUUAAUGCGCGCCGCCCAAGUAGUAUGGCGUGCAUGGGACGAGAACAUCAAGGAAUUCACCAACGUCGCUCGUGAUGCCAUGAGGCGUCGAAAUGAGAAAUUCAUCCCCAUUAAAGUCAGGUCGAAACAUGCGGAGACCCAGGAUCGUCUAAAAUAUAUCAACACGUUCCGGACGAACCAUGAACAACUUCAACGCACGAUUAUGAAUGUCCUUGGCCCCAGAUCAACCCAGCCUGGCGGUCCUUUAGGCACUGAAACUGAUACCAUUGCUCUUGAUGAUAUCGGAGAUGUCGAUGCUGUUGAAGAGGUGAGGCAAGCGUAUGCACCAUUGAAAGACGUCGAUGUUCUUGACGUUUCGCCAAAAGGCACGGAGCGAUGGAUUCGGGAAGAGACUGCGUAUAAUGAAAGAACAUCCCGAGUUGAAAACCUGAUAAUUGCACGACUUCGGGAUCGCCUUGCCACCGCGCAGAAUGCGAAUGAGAAAUUCCGUGUAUUUUCGAAAUUCAAUGCCUUGCUGGUCCGCCCUAAGAUCAGGAGUGCUAUUGGGAAAUAUCAGACCGAAUUGAUCGAUGAUGUGAAAAAGGAUAUCGCUGCCUUACAUGAACGAUUCAAACAGCAGUAUGGCCAUUCAGAAGCUCAUGCAAUGGCGCAGCUACGAGAUCUUCCACCGGUAUCAGGUGCCAUUAUCUGGGCACGACAGAUCGAGCGACAAUUAGAUGGGUAUAUGCGAAAGGUAGAAGAUGUCCUUGGAGAAGACUGGGAUCUUCAUUCCGAAGGACAGAAGCUACAAGCCGAAAGUAACAUGUUCCGUAAGAAGCUCGACACUCGACCCGUUUACCAAGCUUGGCUACAAGAUGUUCAAAGACGAAAUAUCACGAUAUCUGGACGAUUAUUUAACAUUACUCGCAAUAGGGCUGCUGGUAACGCCUUCGAACUUGUCGUUAAUUUCGACGCACAAAUAAUCGCCCUUUUCAAGGAAGUUAGAAACCUUGUUUGGCUAAAUUUCCAGAUUCCUCACGCAAUCAACAGCAUAUCCAAGGAGGCCAAGCGUGUAUAUCCUUUUGCGAUCAGCUUAAUGGAAAGUGUCCGAACGCUGCACCAAACUAUUCGGGCGAUCGCAUCGAUGUCACAAGCAACCAUACUCCUGAAUGGGUAUCAGAAUGAUGUUCAAGCUCUCAUCAUGAAGGGCCUGCCACUGCGAUGGGAAUCAUUCAUCCACUCGUACGAGCUUCAUGUCAAGCAGGGCAUUGCCAACGGCUCUGUAGACCCUUCUGUUACACCCGCUCGAGGCGAAAGCAAGCAUGUUCAGUUUGUGCGAGAAUUUGCUCUCUCAGCAUCUGUGUUGCAAGCUAAAUCUGCCACAUUGACUUCUAUCGACGAAUCCGUUCAGAAAACUAUCCUUGAACUCAAGUCUUGCCCUUACGAGGCCGAUGCCUUUCGUCAGCGUCUUGACCAAAUUCAAAUCGCCGUUGACAAACUGAACUUGGAAAAUUAUGCUAAUCUGGGGUUCUGGGUCGCUAACUUGAACAACAUGGUCGAGUCAAUUCUACAGGAUCGACUACGUAGAGCGAUUCGGCACUGGAUCCGAUCAUUCCAGGAAGCGAAACAUGAACAAGCUCACAAAAUUAGCCAUGGAGAACCUUCCGAUUCAGCAGAAGAAACUCAAAUCCAGCACAUCCAGUUUCCCAACCUCCUUCACGAGAUAUCGAUGAGGAAUCAAGUUAUGCACCUGGAUCCCCCAUUAGAAUUUGCGAGAGCCAAUUGGUUCUCUCAUUUCGAUCAGUGGGUUGGGGUUCUGUGUAACUUGGAAAGAAUAAAAUCGUCGAGAUAUAAGAUGUCAAUCCAUGCAGAAAAAGCUCGUCUUUCUGAAACGCAUUUCUCUGCUCUUCCCCAAUAUUGUGCCGAUGAAUUGACAGAAGUUUACUCUGUGGUGGAAGCUAGACUGCAAGAGAUUUCCGAAUACAUUGAAAAAUGGCUGCAGUUCCAAUCUCUAUGGGAUCUGCAAUCCUCAUAUGUUUAUGAUGUCCUUGGCGAUGACCUGUCACAAUGGUUACAAUUACUUCAAGAGAUUCGCAGAAGCCGCGCAACUUUUGAUACGUCUGAAGUUAGAAGAUCUUUUGGUACUAUUAGGAUCGAUUAUGAACAAGUUCAAACUAAGGUCAAUGCGAAGUACGAUCAAUGGCAACGGGAAAUAUUACUGAAUUUUGGUGGAAAGCUUGGGACCCGAAUGCGAGAAGUUUAUGCCGAACUCCAGGCUGCCCGAAGAGACCUCGAGGGACAGUCGUUAGAGGCAUCAUCAACCGCGCAUGCAGUGUCAUUCAUUACCAUUGUCCAGCAAUGCAAACGCAAAGCCCGGGUGUGGGAACCGGAGGUCGAUCUUUUCCGACAGGGUCAGGCCACCCUUGCUCGUCAGCGCUAUCAGUUCCCCAACGACUGGUUGCACGUUGAGCAGGUUGACGGUGAAUGGCUAGCUCUCAAUGAUAUACUAGAGCGUAGGAGCAAGACGGUCCAAGACCAGACCGACGCUUUGAGGGCCAAGAUUACCGCUGAGGAUAAAGUGAUCAACGACAAGAUUGCCGAGAUUAUCUCACAGUGGAACGAAGAAAAGCCUGUAUCUGGCUCCACUCCUCCCGAAGAGGCAUCCAGAACACUUAGUUAUUUCCAAUCCCGCCUGGAAAGCUUGCAAUCCGAAUUUGAGAUGGUCUCAAAAGCAAAAGAAGCGCUUGAUCUCCCUAGUAGCCCCGAAACCGCUCUUGCUGCCAUUCUUGAGGAGGUUCAGGAUUUUAUGGCUGUUUGGGCUGCCCUAUCAACUAUCUGGAAAAGCCUGAAUGAGCUAAGGGACGUUCUUUGGAACAGUGUCCAACCUCGUAAGCUUCGACAAUCUCUCGAUGGCCUUAUUAGAAUGACGAAGGAAAUGCCUAGUCGAAUGAGGCAAUACGCUGCGUUUGAGCAUAUCCAGAACAUACUCCGCCAGCUACUGAAGGUCAAUCCGUUACUUUCCGACAUGAAAUCCGAAGCGGUGCGCGAGCGACACUGGCAAAAGAUUUUCAAGGCCCUCAAGCCGGGAAAACGGUUCUCCCAAGUUUCGUUGGCUCUUGGUGAUGUUUGGGAUCUGAAUCUUGCGGCCAGCGAGGCGGUGAUUCGUGAUAUCAUCACUCAAGCGCAAGGAGAGAUGGCCCUCGAAGAGUUCUUGAAAAUGGUUCGCGAAACGUGGCAGAGUUAUUCGUUGGACCUUGUGAACUACCAGAACAAAUGUCGUCUGAUCAAAGGCUUCGAUGAUUUGUUUGCGAAAUGUAGUGAAAACUUGAACUCUCUUCAGGCGAUGAGACAUUCACCGUACUACAAAGAAUUCGAGGAAGAGGCUACUUCCUGGGAAGAUAAGCUAAACCGUGUACACGUGCUUUUCGAUGUCUGGAUUGACGUUCAGCGACAAUGGGUCUACCUUGAAGGUGUCUUCACUGGAAAUGCGGAUAUCAAGCAUCUACUGCCCCUGGAAUCCGGCCGUUUUCAAAACAUAAAUUCGGAAUUUUUUGCUGUGAUGAAGAAAGUCUAUAAAUCGCCGUUUGUCCUUGAUGUUCUGGCGAUUAAUGGAGUACAGAAGUCCCUUGAAAGGUUGGCUGAGCUCCUCAAUAAGAUACAGAAAGCUCUCGGUGAAUAUCUCGAGCGGGAGCGUGUGUCCUUCCCUCGCUUUUAUUUUGUCGGUGACGAGGAUCUAUUGGAAAUCAUCGGCAAUAGCAAUGAUACCCUUCGUGUUGCGAAACAUUUCAAGAAAAUGUUUGCUGGAUUGUCCGGACUAGUGAUGGAUGAUGACGGAAAUAUCGUCGGACUUACUUCGAAAGAGGGUGAAGAAGUGAGGCUGAAAAAAGAGGUCUCUCUGCUUAAGACUCCCAGAAUCAAUGAUUGGCUCGCGGCCCUUGAAAAUAGCAUGAAGUCGACCCUGGCGGAGCUCCUUGCGGAAGCCAUUGAGCAAUUCGAGUCUAUUUAUUCAGCCACGGAGAUUGACCAAACCGCUUUUAGUGAUUACCUCGCAAAUUAUCCAGCGCAAAUCGUUGUCCUCGGAAGUCAGGUUGUAUGGACCAAUGCAGUCCAAAAAGCCCUCGAGGACGGUGGUAGCGGGCUGCAAGCUUUGUACGAUUCUGAAGUGAGAGUCCUCGACCUUCUAGCAGUUACUGUCCUUGGUGAACUGGAUCCGAUUACACGAAAGAAGUGCGAACAUAUGAUCACCGAGUUUGUUCACCAGCGCGAUGCUAUUGCGAAGUUGAUUGAUAAUAACGCUUCGUCCCCGACGCACUACUUGUGGCUACUACAAAUGCGCUACGUUUAUCGUGCUGAGGGUGACUUUUUGCAGCGCCUUCACGUCCAGAUGGCCAAUGCGAAGUUGGACUAUGGUUUUGAGUAUCUCGGUGUUCCCGAACGGCUUGUUCGCACCCCACUUACUGAUCGGUGUUUCCUCACCCUUACUCAAGCGCUGUGUCAGAGGUUGGGUGGCUCUCCAUAUGGCCCUGCAGGUACCGGUAAGACUGAAUCAGUUAAGGCACUCGGGUUGCAACUUGGCCGAUUCACUCUUGUGUUCUGCUGUGAUGAUACAUUUGAUUUCCAGGCUAUGGGUAGGAUUUUCUUGGGUAUCUGCCAGGUUGGUGCUUGGGGAUGUUUCGAUGAAUUUAACCGCCUCGAGGAAAGAAUCCUUUCCGCAGUAUCUCAGCAGAUUCAGAACAUCCAAAUUGGUCUGAAGAAUACUGAUGAUGAAACGAAGGCUCAAAUUGAGUUGGUUGGGCGUCGUCUUCGUGUCAAUCCUAAUACCGGAAUUUUCAUCACGAUGAACCCUGGUUAUGCUGGUCGUUCAAACCUGCCGGACAAUUUGAAGAAACUUUUCCGAAGUGUCGCUAUGUCUAAACCGGACAAGGAACUCAUUGCUGAAGUCAUGUUGUUUUCCCAAGGUUUCAAGCAGGCUAAACCACUGUCCCGGCAGACUGUUCCUUUCUUUGAUCACUGCUCAACUCGCCUCACAAAACAAGCGCAUUAUGAUUUUGGCCUUCGAGCCUUGAAGAGUGUGCUUGUGAGCUCCGGUGGUUUGAAACGUCUUCGCCUUGCCAACUCCGAUGGUGAUAUUGGACCCAAUGAAAUAGUCGAACCACAAAUUAUCGUCCAGAGCGUUCGCGAAACAAUUGCGCCUAAACUCAUUCGUCAGGAUGUUGAAAUGAUGCUGGAAAUUCAGGCUGAAGAUUUCCCUGGCGUUGAGUAUGUGCCUGCCAACUUUGAAAAGCUGACACAAGCUAUUCGUGAGAUCGCUGUUGAGAACCAUUUCGUUGCAACAGACACAUGGAUCACGAAGACUCUACAGUUAUACCAAAUUCAAGGUAUUCAUCAUGGCGUCAUGAUGGUUGGCAGGUCUGGAUCCGGUAAAAGUUCAGCUUGGAAAAUUCUCCUACAAGCCCUACAAAAAGUCGAAGGCAUCGAAGGUGUUUGCCACGUUAUUGACUCCAAGGUCAUGUCCAAAGAGGCUCUGUACGGGAAUCUCGACAGCACGACCCGUGAAUGGACAGAUGGUCUCUUUACUGGCAUCCUAAGAAAGAUUGUGGACAAUCUACGUGGUGAAGAUUCCAAACGACAUUGGAUCGUAUUUGAUGGCGACGUCGACCCAGAAUGGGUCGAAAAUUUGAACAGCGUGUUGGACGACAAUAAAUUAUUGACAUUACCCAACGGUGAACGUUUGAACCUCCCACCGAAUGUUCGCAUUAUGUUUGAAGUUGAGAACCUCAAGUAUGCUACUUUGGCCACUGUCAGCCGAUGUGGUAUGGUGUGGUUUAGUGAUGAUACAGUGACUCCGAAUAUGAUGGUGACAAAUUAUAUUGAAUCCCUGAAAACAAGAACGUUCGAAGACCUCGACGACGACACUGUUCCUACUGGCCAAGCGUCUGCUAAAACCCUAGACACCCAGAAAACGCUUGCAUUGUUUCUUGACCAGCUACUGCAAAGGGACGAUCUUAUUCUAAAAACCCUCCAGGAAGCCAAAAAAUAUACCCACAUCAUGGAAUACAGCGAUAUACGGGCCCUUAAUACGCUUUUCAGCUUGCUCAACAAGGCAUGUCGGAACAUUCUGGAGUAUAAUAUCCAACAUAUGGACUUCCCCUUAGAAGCAGAACAGAUGGAUGCGUAUUUGUCCAAAAAGUUACUCCUCGCGCUCGUCUGGUCACUGACUGGUGACUGUCCGUUAGAAGAACGAAAAUCGUUUGGCGAAUUUGUCACGGCACUCUCAACCAUUGAUACCCCCUUGCUUGGCAAUUCAUCAUCCCUCAUCGAUUAUGAUGUUACUUUACCCAAGGGCGAAUGGACAACUUGGCAGUCUCAAGUGCCGUCUGUGGAAAUCAACACUCAUUCGGUCACGCAAACGGAUGUCAUUAUCCCAACUUUGGAUACCGUUCGACAUGAGGACGUUUUAUACUCUUGGCUCGCCGAGCACAAACCCCUUCUGCUUUGCGGCCCACCGGGAUCCGGUAAAACCAUGACGCUGUUCUCUGCCCUUCGCAAGUUGCCAAAUAUGGAAGUUGUUGGCCUUAACUUUUCCAGUGCGACUACACCAGACCUGUUGAUUAAAACUUUUGAGCAGUACUGCGAAUAUAAGAAGACCCUUAAUGGCGUGAUAAUGUCACCAAGCCAAAUUGGCCGUUGGCUCGUUAUUUUCUGCGACGAAAUCAACCUUCCAGCCCCCGAUCAAUACGGAACACAGCGUGCCAUCUCUUUCUUGCGACAACUAGUCGAGCAAAACGGAUUCUGGAGAACUUCGGACAAGACUUGGAUUACUUUGGAUCGCAUUCAGUUCGUUGGUGCCUGCAACCCCCCUACUGAUGCUGGUAGAACUCCUCUUGGUGAGAGAUUCCUCCGUCAUGCUCCUUUGAUUAUGGUCGAUUACCCGGGAGAAGUUUCCUUAUUACAAAUCUACGGUACUUUCAACACUGCGAUUCUCAAGAUCAUUCCUAUGCUUCGUGGUUAUUCUGAAGCUCUCACGAAGGCUAUGGUCCAGUUCUAUUUGGAAUCUCAAGCCAGGUUCACUCCAAAAAUCCAACCCCACUAUGUCUACUCCCCAAGAGAGCUUACCAGAUGGGUUCGUGGCGUAUACGAGGCUAUCAAGCCACUUGAGAAUCUAUCCGUUGAAGGCCUUGUUAGGAUAUGGGCUCAUGAAGCCUUGCGACUAUUCCAGGACCGACUCGUAGAGGAGGAUGAAAGACAGUGGACCGCUGACAGCGUCAGGCGCAUUGCCUUCGAGCACUUCCCAACUAUCGAUGAGCAGCAAGCGUUGAAAGCCCCAAUUCUUUUCUCGAACUGGCUUUCAAAACAUUAUGUUCCGGUAGAGCAGGAACAACUCCGCGAGUUCGUGAAAGCAAGACUGAAAACUUUCUGCGAGGAAGAGGUGGAUGUGCCUCUAGUAUUAUUCAACGAUGUAUUGGAGCAUGCGCUACGUAUUGAUCGUGUGUUCCGACAACCUCAAGGCCAUCUUAUCCUCAUUGGUGUGAGUGGAAGUGGUAAGACGACAUUGUCUCGCUUUGUUGCCUGGAUGAACGGCCUCAAAGUAUUCCAAAUCAAGGUACACGGCAAGUACUCAGCGGAAGACUUUGAUGAGGACCUUAGAAGUGUGCUUCGCAGAGCUGGCUGUAAAGGAGAGAAAAUUUGCUUUAUCAUGGACGAGUCAAACGUCCUAGAUUCAGGCUUUUUGGAACGCAUGAAUACACUUCUCGCUAACGCCGAAGUUCCUGGUCUCUUUGAGGGAGACGAAUUUGCAUCAUUAAUGACUGCUUGCAAAGAAGGAGCUCAACGACAAGGCCUUCUUCUGGACUCGCAAGAAGAGCUUUACAAGUGGUUCACCCAGCAAAUCGUCAAAAAUCUCCAUGUUGUGUUCACCAUGAACCCUCCAGAAGAAGGGUUAUCCUCCAAAGCUGCCACUAGUCCAGCACUUUUCAAUCGCUGCGUACUGAACUGGCUUGGUGAUUGGUCUGAUCAGGCUCUAUACCAGGUUGGCUAUGAACUUACACAAUCCGUCGAUCUCGAUAAACCAAAUUUCAUUGCCCCGGAUAGUAUUCCUGUAGCUUAUCGAGCUCUCUCCCUCCCGGCGUCUCAUCGUGAUACCGUCGUUAACUCGAUGGUUUAUAUUCACUAUUCCUUGCAUCGGUUUAACCAACGCCUGCACAAGCAACAGGGCAAAACUACAUAUCUCACGCCUCGACAUUAUCUAGAUUUCGUUGCGCAGUACGUCCGGCUCUUUAAUGAGAAACGCGAAGACCUAGAGGAACAGCAACGCCAUCUCAAUGUUGGCUUGGAGAAACUCAGGGAGACCGUCGACAAAGUCAGGGACUUGAGAGCAAGUCUAGCCCAAAAGAAGAGUCAACUUGAGAAGAAAGAUGCAGAAGCCAACGAAAAACUACAACGAAUGGUGGCCGAUCAACGGGAGGCGGAACAGCGUAAAUCCGCUUCGCUCGAAAUUCAAGCAGCACUCGAAAAGCAAGAGCAAGAAGUUGCCAAACGAAAAGAGAUUGUACUCCACGAUCUUGCAAGAGCCGAGCCCGCCGUCAUUGAAGCCCAGAAAAGUGUUAGCAAUAUCAAGAAGCAACAUCUUACAGAAGUUCGUUCUAUGGCGAACCCCCCUGCGGGCGUUCGUCUUGCUUUGGAAUCCGUGUGCACGCUUCUCGGUCACAGAGUGGACAGCUGGAAAACCAUACAAGGUAUUAUUCGCAGAGAUGACUUUAUUGCCAGCAUUGUCAAUUAUGAUAAUGAAAGGCAGAUGACCCGCGGCCUUAGAACCAGGAUGAACAACGACUACUUGUCGAAGGAAGAUUUCACUUUCGAAAGAGUUAACCGUGCUAGUAAAGCCUGCGGCCCGCUCGUUCAGUGGGUGGAAGCGCAGGUUAAUUAUUCCGAGAUCCUAGAUCGAGUAGGCCCGCUUCGCGAAGAGGUCAUUCAGUUAGAAGAUCAGGCACUCCAGACAAAAGCCGAAGCACAGGCUAUUGAGAACACUAUCAACAACCUUGAGGACAGCAUUGCAACAUACAAAGCCGAAUACGCAGCUCUUAUCAGUGAAACUCAGGCAAUCAAAGCAGAAAUGUCAAGAGUGGAGUUUAAAGUUGAUAGAAGCGUUCGUUUGCUUGACAGCUUAUCCUCCGAACGUUCUCGAUGGGAGGAGGGAAGCAAAUCUUUCGAAACCCAAAUUUCUACUUUAGUGGGAGACGUUCUUAUUGCGGCCGCUUUCCUUGCCUACGGCGGGCUGUACGAUCAGCAGUUCCGCAAGGCCAUGAUUGAUGACUGGGUAAAUCAACUAGCACAAUCCGGUAUCAACUUCAAGCCACACAAUCCAAUCACGGAAUAUCUCUCCAACGCAGAUGAAAGGCUAUCUUGGCAGGAGAACUCUCUUCCCGUCGACGACUUGUGUACGGAGAACGCAAUCAUUCUCAAGCGGUUCAACAGAUAUCCUCUCAUUAUUGACCCGUCCGGUCGAGUUACCGAAUUUUUACAGAAGGAGAGCAAAGAACGAAAACUAACUGUUACAAGUUUCCUGGAUGACUCGUUCAUCAAACAACUUGAGAGUGCACUACGAUUUGGCAAUCCCAUCCUCAUCCAGGACGCUGAACACUUGGACCCGAUCCUCAAUCAUGUUCUCAAUAAAGAGUACCAGAAGACCGGUGGUCGUGUCCUCAUCCAACUUGGAAAGCAAGAAAUUGACUUCUCGCCGGCAUUCAAACUCUUUUUGUCGACACGAGACCCAUCUGCCUGCUUCCCUCCUGAUGUUUGCAGCAGAACCACAUUUGUCAACUUCACGGUCACCCAAAGCAGCUUGCAAACUCAGUCUCUCAAUGAAGUGCUCAAAGUAGAGCGUCCUGACGUCGAUGAGCGGAGAACGAACCUUAUCAAGCUCCAAGGCGAAUUUAAGAUCCAUCUUCGUCAGCUGGAAAAACGGCUUCUUCAAGCACUUAAUGAGUCCCGCGGUAACAUUCUAGACGAUGAUAACGUUAUCGAAACACUUGAAACGCUAAAGAAGGAGGCAGCCGAGAUUUCGAACAAGAUGGUGGAGACAGAGGGUGUGAUGACAGAAGUCGAGAAUAUUACGCAGCAAUACAAUGUCAUUGCCAGAUCAUGCAGUGCUGUCUUCGCUGUUCUCGAACAGCUUCACCACCUCAACCAUUUUUACCAGUUCUCUCUCCAAUACUUUAUCGAUAUCUUUAACAAUGUCCUGCACAGUAAUCAUCGUUUAUCCCAGGAGAAGGAUCAUGCCGCCAGAGUCAAUAUUAUUCUACGUGAUCUUUUCAUCACUGCAUUCCAGCGAACAUCUCUUGGCCUGCUUCAGAAGGAUAGAAUAACUCUAGCUAUGCUCCUAGCACAGGCAUCUCCAUAUCAGAUGGACAGGAGCAUUAUUGACGACAUUCUCGACCCGACUUUGGAAGGAUGGGAUGUCUCAACGGCUCCUAAAGCAAAGGAUAUCGUCAUGUCCAAGGCUUCCCAAAUGGUUGUUUUCAAGAACAUCAUUCCAACUAUUGAGGAAGAAAUCUGGGAACAGUUCUUCACUGAAGAAAUUGCAGAAAAUUUCGUCCCCACUGUCUGGGAGGAUAGCACGGAGGCUUUUGAUCGGCAACUUCGCUCCCUCCUGCUUGUGAAGCUCUUCCGAAUGGACAGGUUUGUCCCUGCUGCGGAAAAUUUUGUCGUAACAGUAUUUGGACGAUCGCUAUUUGAAGACAGUGGAGAUCUCAAGGAAGUUGUUGACCAAGUAACAGCCACCACUCCGAUUGCGCUCAGUUCCAGCCCCGGAUUUGACGCUAGUUACAAAGUCGAUGGACUUGUCGAGCGAAUGCAUGCCACUUGCGCCAAUAUCGCCAUGGGAUCUAACGAAGGCCUCGAGAGCGCAGACAAGGCAAUCAACAAUGCGGCCGCAACCGGAACUUGGGUCUUGGUCAAGAACGUUCACCUCGCACCAUCUUGGCUGCAAAGUUUAGAGAAACGACUCGAUUCACUCAAGCCGCAUGCUAACUUUAGACUCUUCCUUUCGAUGGAAUCGAGUCCGAAGAUCCCCGUAAAUCUGAUCCGAGCUUCAAGAGUCCUGAUGUACGAACAACCCGCUGGAAUCCGUGCCAACAUGAAGGAUUCCCUCUCUUCUUUGAGCUUGAGGGCGAGCAAACCACCCGUUGAGAAGGCUCGUAUCUACCUUUUGCUAUCGUUCUUACAUGCUGUUGUCCAGGAGAGACUACGAUAUGCGCCAAGUUUGGGAUGGAAAGGCUUCUGGGAGUUCAAUGACAGCGACUACGAGUGCUGCGCCUUCAUCAUCGACACCUGGGUGGCGUCAGUGGCUCAGGGCAGAUCCAACGUUGCACCACAAAAGUUCCCUUGGGACUUGCUUCGCACGCUAAUCACUGAAACGUAUGGUGGGAAGAUAGACGAUGCUGAAGACUUGAAGCUGCUAAAUGAUCUUGUGCGAACGUUUAUGACACCAGCAGCGUUCGAGGACGAUCAUAAAUUGAUUCCGGGCAUCGAAGACGAAAUUUUACUGCUGCCCUCGACAACCGGUAUCCGCGAUUUCACCGAGUGGGUGAACCGGCUGCCGGAGCGAGAACCACCUACGUAUCUGGGACUCCCUGGCAAUGCCGAGAAGUUACUUUUGGUUGGUCAUGGCAAACGCAUGAUUGCCAACCUAGCCAAGAUUACGACGUUGUUGGAUGAAGGAGAACAACUGAUGAUCGAAGCGGCUGCGAUCUAGCAGGGUGAAAGCGCAGCGUGAUCGCAAUUGAAACGGACACACUCGGCGACUAUUGUCUCUCGUACCAUUUUCACUUUCUUCCUUUUUUUCGGUCUGGGUUCAUGGGUAAUGGCACUAAGGGAUUUGGAAGCUUUAAUCCGCUCGUUUUCUUUUCGUUUUCGCCAACACUUUGGAGGCGUUCCGGUUGCAUUUUUGAUUGCCCAUCGUCUCGUCCUGGUUUGGUGGAUACCCGCGAGUUACUUGCUGUUGACAUUUAUCAGCUCCAUCGAGAGUAUUUUCCUUGGUGCACUGGUCUUCUAGUCUCCAUUUUCCCCUUAAUUUGUGUCCAUUGCCCUUUUGUCUACUUCUCGUCUGUUGUUACAUCCUGAACUACAUUUCCAUCUCCUUCGUCGACUUGUGUUUUUAGCUAAAUGGUUAGAUUUGACUUUACUUCAAGACUUGUAUUAGUUGGGAAC